UGACAAAAUGGAACCCACCAGCAGUGUGAGGAGACCUGAAAGUGGCACAUGGCAGAGUGUGGCGAUGGAGACAGCAGCAAUGGGAGGCCGUACAGGGACCCAUGACACACUCUGGACCUGGCAGCAGCAUGCAGGAGGCGGUACAGGGGCCCAUGGCAGAUUACGGGCCCUGGCAGCAGCAUGAGGAGUCGGCCAUAAAGAGGCCUAUGUUAAAAAGUCCCCCCAGCAGCAGUGUGGGGAGACGACUAUCAAGAGUCCAAUGGCAGAGUGGCGGAGCAGAAGCAGCUUCAAUUGAAGAAGAAGAGGAUGAGGGAUGA